CAUUCGAAGAGAGCGGUCCGGAUUUUUUGCAGCGCGCGACAGGUCCAUAGUAUUUUCCUUUUUCUGUGUACAUUCACAACCACAACAGUCAUCAAUUUAUUAUUAUCAUCAUUAUCGUUCGACGGUUGUUGAUGUUGUUUUCACGCUCAUUCAAUCAUCAUCAGCAUCAGUAGUAGCAGCAGGCAGUGUGUAGCGGCAAUAGCAACAAUCCAGUCGCCAACCAGCUAAUAGCGCUUUGCUCUUGUUGCAUACUCACAGACUGCCUGAAUGAGGAGGCACUUGUGCAUGAGGCCGCCCCGCUUGGCUAUAGUUUUGAUUCCGCGGCGGCGGAGCUCACUUGAUAUCAACGCGCGAGAGAGAUAGAAACAACGGAGGGAAUUCCGUGAGUGUCGUCCUUUGCUGCUUCGCGUAAUUUUCUCCCGUCGUGUCAAUUGUGCUUGCGUGCGUGUCCCAAAGUUUUUUCUUCUUUGAGUUGCCGCUUCCUCUUUGUGUGAUUCCGGUAGCGGGUGGGUGGUGAAGUUAGUGGUGUGGGACACUCCUCCAGGAAGGACCUAGUAGGAAAAAGUUGAUUACAGAGACAAAGGACAUUGAGUGCUUGAGCAGUGUGAAGGGAUGCGUCGCUUAUGCAAAUGGGAGCAAGGAAUUUCUGCUCGAGCGUGAAAAUCCAAAUUUAUAUGAAGUGUAAAAACAAGUGAGUUGGCGCGCAGUUUGGGGAGGUUGUGCAGAAGGUGAAAGGCGAAGCAGAAUCAUUUAGCUGAAGCAUUCGCAGCCGUCGCCGUCUUGGUCGUCAUCGCAACAACAUCGAGCUGACUUUGUCGUCAGUCAGUGGGGCGGGCGGUGUGCGAAUUUGGGUGACGACGAAGAGCAACAGAGCGCCAACCAAGUGGAGAAGAAUGGUGACCGUCUGCUGCCGCCGCUGCCUUUCUAUCUACCCUGGAAGUGUUCAUCAGCAACAGCCCCACAGACUGGCCCGGCAGUGCUGUAAUUUAAAACCAGUGCAAAAAAGGCUCAGUUUGUGCAAACGAAGGGGAGAUACGGCCAAGUAGGAAGGUGGACGAGGCAACGCUAAGCAGCAGUACGUGAGGUGGAUUUUCUUGCCUUCGCUCCGGCAGCAGUGCUUCCAAUAUCAACAGACAACACGCAUCGCUUGCGCUUCGUCAUAAUUCAGAGUAGUGCUUGCACGCGCGUAUGUUUUGAAGGAACUCUCGUUCGGUGCUGUUAUGUGCCGCGCGGCGGACGGAGGUGGUUGGGGGGCCACACACUUGUUUACUAGCUGGGUUCCUGCCAACGAACGCCUGACGUAGUCGUCGUGGUAGCGCAGCCCCAAAGAAGAGCCAAAAGAAUGUUUCAUUUUGUUGGUUGGCUGAAGAGUGUUCGGUGGGCAUAGACCGUAGACUACGAGCUGUGAAGAAGGCCAUAUGUGUCGAUUUAACAGAAGGGGCAAGGCGUAGUGGGUAAACGAAAGAGAGUGCGACGGUUGAGCAGAUUACUGGAAAUUGCGCACCUACCGGCAAACGGAUAGAAAAAAAAUUAACCGGAAGAAGAAAAACAUAUCGUUUUGUGAGUGUGUGAUUAGCGUUGUUAUAUCGGUAGAUCGGCAGAAAACGCAGUGAGAGAUUGAUCUAAAAUACUUUGGACGACCAACGGAUGUGGGAGCAGAGCAAAGAAUAGAUUUCAACAAGCAUGGCGCGCAAGAAGGGAGCUACCAAAACAAAACCGAAUGGCAGGAAGUCGGCGUCUGAGGCCAAACAAACGGAUAAGAAAGAUGCCAAAGUUAAAGAUGAUCCGGGUGGAGGACUUCCGCCCGCUAUGGAAAAAUCGAACAGCUGUAGCGAAGGCAAACCUACGUCAGUGAGUCAACAGCACCCAAACAGCCUGUCGAAUUCGACGGCGGAAAAUAGAGGACUGCAUCAUCAUCAGAAAACGCAGCAGCACCACCAGCCGCAGCAAGCACCCACCUCGAACCAGUCCCCUGCUGCCGCCAGCGCGAAUUCCUCCGAUCUUAAGUACCUGCAUAAGAAGUUUAAGCGAAUUGCCAGUGCCACACUGAGCACUUUCGACGACAGUGGCAGUGAAUCGAAGAAGCUCGUUACGCUCGCAGCGCCGAGUCUUAGCGGUACGACCACAUCGACGCCAACGGCGAUAGCAAGUGCAAUCAGCGAUUCAGGCCGUGUCGUCGCCUAUUCCGCCGUGAGUUUGCCAAACUCAGCGACGACAACUGCGACGGUGAACUCGGCCGUCGUUGAACCUCCCGUUCAGCAGCAGCUGCAACCAUGUGCCAACAGCAACAACAACAACAACAUCCAAAAGAAGGAAAGUGAUUUGGUCAACCCGUACGAAGCGAGUGCGGCGGUGCGUUUUCGACCAGCAGUAGAACACUCGCGGACUGUGAUCGAUGGGGACGGCUAUCAAAGUCGACUCCAAUUAACCUUUCCUAGCGGUACCGGUCGGGUACAUCAACGGCCGCAGCAGCAACAGAUACAACAGCAGAGUAACGGUGCUUCCUUGAAUUGCGCCAACCACAUCGGUGGUGGCAGCAGUAAUAGUUUUAUUAUCAGCAACAACCAUAUUCCUGUGAGAAAUGUAGAGUGUGGUGACGAUACGACUAAACCCUACUAUCCCAGUGUAAAUAAUAACAGUGUUAUCAAUACAAGUUGUGAUCUAAACGAGAAGAAUCAGUGUAGUGACGGUGACGGCAGCAGUGGACGAAGUAGUAGUAGUGGCAGUGCGUUAUCAGCGCAUGAGUUGGCAAACCAGCAACCCGAACAAAAGUACGUAGUCGUCCUUCAGCAUCCGCCGCAACCGUCUCCAGUGUACGAUCCCUGUGGUAAUAACAGUGCCAGUACGACGUCUAUGGUUCCGUCGGUGGAGGGGUCCGUCGCGUCACCACCGGUGGUAACGAGCAGUAGUAGUGCUAGCGCUAGCGGGACCACCAUCCCCGGAAAGUAUGUGUGUCCGUACUGUCGGUUGAACUGCAACAAACCAUCGGUACUUGAGAAGCAUAUCCGGCGGCACACCAACGAGCGGCCCUUUCGAUGCGAUCCCUGUGGGAUGGCAUUCAAGACCAAAAGUAACCUGUACAAGCAUUGCCGAUCUCGAGCCCACCGAUCGAAAUUCCCAGACAAGGACAUUGUAUCCACAUUGGACGAGGACGGUUCCCUAGGUUCCGAUAUCGAAGACAAAGAACUGAGCAACAGCGGAUCUGAUAUCAUCAAUCGAGGAUCGCCGAUGAUGGAUGACCGUGUGCACUCGCCCCAGCUCCUGGUGGAGAAACCCUACAAACCCAAGUUCCACAACGCAGCCCUGUACGCCAAGUUCGAUGGAAACAAGCUUGGGGCUGCGGGAAAAACGGUUCCUACGUCGAUUUUCGUUAACAACAACCACCAACAGCAUUACAUCAGUAGUACUGUCAGCAGUGGCAGUAAUUACAAUAGUAACAAUACAACGAUGAACAUGGUUAGUCAUUCUGUUCCUUCAACGCCGCAUUAUCUGAACGGUCAAAAUGUGGAAUCCCUGGAGCAGCACAUCUCAAAGCUGAUCUCCGACAACGAAGCCAUCGUGGAGGUGGUGGAGCUGCCUCUGCAGAAAAAGUAUCACAAAAUAACCGGCAUCACGCGAGGUAUUUCGACUAGCAAUAGCGCUAGUGCGACCGGCAGCUCAGCUGGUCAGGAUUCUGCGAGCUCGAAAUUGGCGAAUGCUUUGCUGCAGAAGCGAAACAGUGAAGAACUGCAACAGCAGCAAUUAUUGAUGCUACAGCAACAGCAUCAGAUGCAGCACCAACAACUUCAAUCCUAUCCCCCGAGUGAAUCUGCCAAGCCAAAGACGAUGGUAGCACAAAAUGCCUACGUACAAAACCACCAUCCGCCGGUGGAAACGAUGGAAGUGAUGCAUCAACUACCAGCACAACAGCAACAGCCUCAGAUGGUGGUUCGUCCCAUGAGUGCCAACGAACUGCAACCGCAACAAGUACAAUAUCAUCAACCUUUAAAUUUAAGUAAGCCCGUUCCAAGUGAACAACCAUCUAGGCUAGUUAGCGAGAUUCCAGUAGUGGCAGAACCAUCUCGAAAGCGACCUCCAAGUGAAACUCCCCGAUACAGUCGAGAACAAUCACCAGCUUCGUCUUCCGCGGUGCAAUAUCCAUCGACGUCCGUCGUGUAUCCCCAACAGCAAGUUCCACAGCCGAGUCAACCAGCUCCUCCAUCUACGCAAUCAGUUACUGUUAGCGAUCAUCCCCAAAACCCGGAAAGAUCUAUUAUCAAGGAUCUUCUGUUGAACUCGCGCGAAUUUGGUGUAGUUCAGAAUCCGGAAAACGAGAACAUCGAAAAACUAUUUACUUGCAAGUCAUGCAAUACUAGCUUUCGGGAAGCUGAAAUUCUCAAAUACCAUACCAUUUGCUUUUGCAAAGGUAACAGCAGCAACCUGAACAGCCCGGACAGUAGUGCUUCGAUGAGCCCGGUGGGAUCGCCUUCAUCGCACUACAUGCGAAGUAAUCGAUUCAAUCCAAGCACUUUGAAAAAUAUUGCGCGUGGAUUGUUGGUUCCUCCGCAGAGGAACCCAGCCCCACUUUCUAAAUUAGCGAAAUCACAGCUAAGACUGCCUCGGUCCCGGCCGGAAAACAUCUCCGUGCCAGCGAAGGAAAGCAGCAGUAGAUCGAGUUCUGCUACCAGCACCACGACGAAUCCCGCACCGGAAAUUCAGGUCACACCACCGAUCGUUACAAAAAUCGUAGACGUAGUACAAAAUCCUCUGCCAUCGCCGGGACCUCUGCUGGGCAAUACUCGACUAGUGGAUUUUCAGACCAGUAAAAACGAGUCCUAUAGCACUAAGUGUGCCGCAGAACCGAAUCUUAUCGUAUCUCAUGUGCCAAAUGAAGCAACUCCACCUCCCAAGAGACAGAUUAUGGUUCAAGACGUUGAGCCAAGGCGAUCGCAGCAUCCCAGUUUGCAAUUAUUUGGAGGAGACCUGGAAGUGAUAGAGCGACAGGAUCAAAUCAUACCGCAUCGGUAUUCGUCCGGGGGUACUAUUACUAGGUUUUCACCAGAUGGGGACAGCGAGAUGAACGACUCAUCGUUGAGAAAUAGAUCAAGCAUGCACUCUGGUGGGACUGUUGUCCAACUUUCGAAGGCGAAUCAUAGUUUGUCUCCCAUUUCAAUAAACCCCUCCACGCCGAAGUUGGUCGUGACAAUCACUCCGUCUUUGACACCAGCUCUUACGACACCAAACUUUUUCCACAAUAGUCAACAGCAAACGCCUUCCGAGAGACCUAGCAGCAAUCCGAAUUCCUCCAGCGUUCACCCUAUUAGUCACUUUCAGUUCCCGCCAAUUAACUCAAUUACUGCUUAUAACCCAUUGACACUGCCGCAGGUGUCACCAGGUCAAGCAUCGCAAAUCAUGCAUGCCGGCAAAAUGAUUCCUUACGUGCAGGGAAUACCCGGUCCCAAUUCGAUGAUGGCUUCAAAUGAAGCACCAUUGAGAGGACGGCCUAGACUGGCGGCAAGCCCAAUUAGCAUCAAAACACCACCCAUCACUUCGAUCCCGACGGGAUACAAAGGCUUCGACCCGGAUGACGUCGUUCGAAAUAAGAAACCCAUUUUGGUUGUUCCUCCCGUUAAGAACGGCAUGUUUAAGGAAAUCUGGUCGCCAGCCAAGCAGGAGUUCAGCUCAACCCCGAAGAAGAGUUUCAACUUUACUCGAAUCGCUGACAAUAUCAGUCCUCGCAAAAAAGAGAUAACCGAACCGAUGAAAAAAGAAGAGAUUAGAUAUUUUAACUUCGAGAAUUUUAUUUCGAAAUCGGAAAUCAUUAUCAAACCGAGCACUCCCUCUGAAAAUGUAAAACCAGAACUCGCUGAAAUGAAACCUUUGGAUAUACCACCACCUCAGACGGUGGUCCAGAAACCGAAAUUCCUGCGGCCAAACUCACUGCCACUGAAGCCUGGAACCUUUACCCCCAAGCGCCACCACGGCAUUACACCAACGCACAACACAAUGCCAUUGAUCUCGCCGGAAACCCCGCGGCCUUCCAAGUCCUGCCGUGAGCUAUACUUCAACGGCCACGCGUACACCAAUAUUGGGCUCAAGUCAAGCACCAAGCCCUUCUACUGCACCGUUAACAAGACUCAGCCAUUCUACGUCCAAACGCAGAAGCAACUGUCGAUGUACAGCAACUGGCAGGUGCAUCCGGAAAACGACCCGCAUCCGCUCGGGUUCAAGCCGAUCCAGGUAAUGGCUCUUUACCAAAGCAACCAACAGGGUGACCUCAGCUACUCGACAGCUAGCAAGCCGCUUGCUUUAACGGUGGUCAGUUCCAGUUCGGCCAACCAGCCCAUAAUGAACGCCGUUGAAGUGAAAAGUAACUUCCCCAGCUAUUCAGUACCACGACUUGCUUCACCUGCCCCUAAAUCGGGCGGAUUCUAUCCCUACAAUCCGGAAAAGAGUGCCGCCUCCAACGACAGUAUUCCACCGAGAAGUAAUUCAACCGAACGGACGUUGUCUGGAGGCUUCGAAAGUACCGAAGAGUAUACGUACGUGCGUGGUCGAGGCCGAGGGAAGUUCGUCUGCGAAGAGUGUGGAAUUCGCUGCAAGAAACCUUCAAUGCUGAAGAAACACAUCCGCACCCACACGGACGUCCGGCCGUACUCCUGUCAACAUUGUAGUUUUCACUUCAAAACGAAGGGGAAUCUGACUAAGCAUAUGAAGUCGAAGAGUCAUUUCAAGAAGUGCACGGAGCUGGGCCUGAAUCCGAUUCCGACCAGUGUGGACGACGAUAGCGGCGACAUCGACAUCGAGAACGAUCAGCAGUCGAUUUCGAGCGAGCAGACGUCGACGAUUCCGUUUGAUUCGGACAGUGAACCGGAUAGCGAUGGGGAUGAGAGCGACGACAGUGCAGACGAUGGUGGAUCGAAAGGAGGACGGCUACCAGAGCAUGAAGCAGCCCACUGCUUGUUGUCACUAUCGAUGACACCACCUACUGCUUCUCAGGUUACUAAGAGCUACCCCAGUCCAGUAUCGUUCGGAGGUGGGAAUCAAACCAUGGAACGCAGUCGGCUUCCUUACGCACCCACUGUUUCUCCUGGUCUGGCACUAUCUCCACCACAGUUGCCCUCACAUCAACAUUUACCACAGCAAUCACAACCUACCCAAAAACAACUGCUCGUGCAAGCUCAGCCAGAUCCAUCGAACCAGUCACAUCGACGAAUAAUCACAUUCGGAAACACCCCUAAAGUGGAGUUUAACCUGCUGAAGCAUGAACAGUACUAUUCUGAUCCAAACAUCAAUAAGAAAAAGCGCGAGUACAAUCCUUCCUUCGAUGAAGAUGAUGGAGCGAAGCCAAUGGAUUUGACUAAAAAACCCAGAGAACAACUUCCGUCUGAUCAAUCGGCCUACCGCGUGUAUAGUCAAAUCCCUGGACAUCAAUCACCUAAUCCAGCACCAAAGCUGCCUCAGUGUGAAUACCCGCCAUCUAAUCUCAGAUCACAAGUCAUCGUUCGUGUAUCAGACGUGGUUACUCCCAUAACUGGCGCUGCCAAUCUCUUAACUACGCUGGUCUCCAACACAGACAAGAUUCCGUUCCCGAUGAUGUCAAACGGUAAUAAAGAACUGGCCGAUGACAACGUACAUUUCCAGGAGUACAUUAAACAGCGGGCUCUGUUCGAUAGUAAAAUGAAGUUGAGUCAGAUGAAGAGCAUUAACAACAACCAGUACGAAACAGAAGAAAUCCGACCUACGGUGGAAAUCGUCAUUCCUGUAGAACAACCAACCUUGCCAACAACUAAGCCCGUUCCGUCUAAGAUCACAGAGAAACCCUAUCGGAUAUACAACGGAAAAAAUGAAACACUACCUAAGCUCGUUGUUGAAUCGGCCAAUCGAAUUGAAUUACUGCCAAUUGUGAAUGAACCUAGCAGGGAGUCGUCGGUCCCCAUUGAAACAAUGAGAGUAGAAAAUGCGGAACCUAAAGUGGAAUUAGCUCACAGUUCUCGAAUGGAAACACUGGCGGAAGUAGCGGCCGGCAGUGUAAAAUUGGACGCUACUGCGGAUCCGAUGCGGCCUCGAAGUAACAGUUCAAUCUCCACCGAUCAACUAUCCGCUCAUCAAUCGUCUUCCACACCUGCCGCGGCUCCAAUCAUCAAAGAAAGCGCGAAGAGUGUUGUGUCCGAGUACCUGAAAUUGACCAAAUCGGUCCCAAUUCGUAAGCGGGAAGACAGCGAAAGUGGUACGGCCUCAGAUCAGGAGACAAUAGUUGAGAGCAACAAAACCGCACCACCGAUAGUGGCACCAAUCGUUCCUCCGGUGGUUGUUGUUCCACCAACGGCUGCUCCUGCUACCGGAGAAAUGGGGGGUAUCCUAGCGCGAACGGUGGUUGUUGGAGAAGACGGUUUCACGACGUCCGCCAGUACUUCGUCUCUGAGUCCCUUCCAAGAAGACGGUGGACGACCAGUUUGCGAAGUAUGCCACAAAAAGUUCCACAAAAUAUCUCAGCUAAAAAUGCACAUGAAUAUUCACUACAUGGAGCGGAAGUUCCGGUGCGAGCCUUGUGGAACCAGUUUUCGAUCUCAGGGCUUGUUUCAAAAACACGAAAGAUCUGCCACCCAUCGAAAUAAGGUUUCGAUGACGACCACGUUCGGUAUCGCUACCGACUCCAACCCACGGCCGUUUUUCUGCAAGGACUGUGGCGUCGGCUUCCGGAUACAUGGACAUCUGGCGAAACACUUACGUUCAAAGCUGCACGUUCUCAAAUUGGAAUGUCUCGGUAAGCUACCGUUCGAAACGUACGCAGCUAUCGAACAGUCCGGUACGAACCUGACGGAAAUCGACACGACUGAUUGCGAGAAUUCGCUGUCGAGUUUGAAGAGAUUGGCGAUGCGUUUGAACGUGAAGGAUCCCAACAAUAUUCUACUCGGGGGUGGGGGCUCGGAUGCGGCACCGAGUGGGAACGAAACCGACAGCUGUGAUGAUAAUCCGUACGAGAAUGACAACGAAUCGAACGGGGAGGACGACAGUCCGGAACUGAUUGCUAGCAACCAUCGAGGCACCGAAGAGGAAGACGACGACGAUGAUGGAGAGACUAGCGGAGGGGACCAGCAGGGCGGAAAUAAUAACUUCCUGAAACGGAAGCCGGACAGCGAGUCCGAGGGAGGUGAAAUCAAGCGGCCUCGGUUUCAGGGUCCGGCGCCGAUGGAACAACAACCGCAACUGCAUGAGAACAUGAUUUCGGUGGCCGGCGGUGCGAUGGGAGAGACGUAGCGAAAUGUUUUGUCCCAUAAGUAAUUUAGUAGAGUGUGCCAAUCUGGUGAGUAUGCCGGAGUCUGUGAGGUAGUUCGCGGUUGAAAAUCUCGUAAAAUGCCGAAACGGAAGUGAUAAUUAUUUAGUGAGAGGUUUGAUCAAAACGGAAGGUGAUAGAGAGCUGUUAAAAAUGCAAGAGUGCAUAGCAUACACAAGUUAUAAUUUUUAGAAGAGUAUUAUAGAGGAUUCUACGAAGAUCGAGUUCUAUGGAUGGUAUUUGUUUUCCAACCGGGGUACACUUUAUCGCAGUUGAUAUUUCAAAUAGAUCAAUAACAGUGCUGAUCACUUUCAUUUUUCUUUAGACUUAGAUUUUGCAAUCGUCACGAGGAAAGCAUUGAUUUUUUUUUUCAGAAAAUAUUUAAAAGAUUUGAGAUACACUUUUAAAUUUGAUAAGAUUGAUAAAAAGAAAUUUAGGAAUCAAAUAUUCUUUUUCUGGUGAUCAGCUUCUUUGAAAUUCAAACUUAAUUAACUAUACCUUGUUAACACUACAUUCUAUCCCACGUCAAGCUCAAUUCUUAUGGUUUUUUUUUCACAUUAGUAAAGAAUAAAAACAUAGUUUCCUUACGGUUUAAGUUACCUACAAAGAAUCCAAAUGAACUCUCAAAACCUCUGUCUUCCAAAAUAAGGCUGUUCACUAAAAUUACCAAACGAAUGACCUAUUCACACCAUUAUUUCGUCAUUUAGAAUGUUAGUAUGUACUCCAUAUGAGAUGUGUUCUUUUAUCACUUGUGUGGAAACUCUUCGAAAAAAUAAAUUCAAAUUGAAGGACAUUUUGUGCAAAGCGUUGUUAAAGAUUGACCAAUAUUAUCACGUGUCUUUACGUCAACCAUUUCUCCCCACAUGGCGUACAGUCUAUGCACUCAACAGCAUUCAGAACACGACUUUCUUUCCAACGAUCGGCCUAUAGGGUAACCAAAUCAAGAUUCACUACGAAACCAUUGUAUUGUACCGAAUCAAUCAACAAUAUUAACUAAGAGUAAAAAGUGCCAAUUCUAAAACAAUAACAACUGAAUAUAAAAGGGCAACGUCUAUCGUUUAGUUCGAGACCCAGGUUGUAUCGUAUGCAACAAUUGCAUGGAGCUCAGCCCAGCUAAAAUGCAUCGUAUCCUAUAUAGUGAGAGAGUAGUUUUAUAUGGCUUUCUAUUUUUAAUUUUAAACACAUAGUUAGUUAUUGUAUCUAUAGCGAGAAGAAUCUAAUUUUGUUUCCAAGCGUUUUUAGUUCUGUAAGAGCCUACUAUCAGAUAAUGAGAUGAGGAAUUAGUUGAACGCAUUAGUGAUAUUUUAAAUUCGUUUCAAUAACAUCAACAGCCAAUAGCUUUAAUAUUGUUUUACUUUUAGGAAAACCUUUUCGUUGUUUUCACUGGCUUCCGCAUCUUUGUGUAGCUUAUGUUGCAAUUUAUUACAGAAAACGAAAUAUCUUCUGGUAUUGAACGGUGAAUCGCCAGUAGACACAACCAACCGUAAUGUGAUCAUUUAUUUGUUAGUAACGUGCAAGUAGAAUUUAUGGGACGUAAUACUCUUGUGUGAGUGGUAGAAUCAAUUGCAUAGGAGUGGGUAUGAUUCGUACAUCAGUUCGAUAAGACGCUUAGUUUUGAUACUUUCACAUUAGCGAUUUUCAGUUAAUCUUCUGCUUUUGAAUCGCACGAAUUGAUUGGAUAACAUUACCACCUAUUACAACUAUUCUACGAAAUUUUGUAAACAUAACUUUUGGGUUACACUUUGUAUGAAAAGAAAAACGGCAAUUGAGGAUCGCCGGAAGGAAGUUCUUCAAAAUAUUUGUAUAUUUUCUUUUUUAGCGUGAUUUCCGAUUGUAGAUAACCCCCAGUAUGUGUAUUACAUAAAAUAUAUAUUUUUAUAUACGGAAGCAUUGGAGUUGCUUGAAAACUAUCCAUAUAUUCGUGAACAUACUUUUCUAUUGGGAUAUGCAACGAGAAUUCCAUUCAACGGAAAUAACAUUUAUAGGAAUGUGUAUGAUAUUGUAACAAUAUUCUUCACUCUGACAUCGAUAUUCGUACUAAAAGCCGAAAGUGACAGUAUGUACUUUUGCAUAUCAUUUUAAAAAACGUAAUGAAAAACAGAAUCAAAGACCAUACGCGAAAGAGAAGAAGAAAAAUUUAUCUACCGAAUCACUUACUUUCUGAGCAAAUAUUUUUGAUGGAUUUACAAUUCGAGUGAAAAUCACCACAUAAAUUCUUAUUAAAAAGGGAAAAAACAUCAUUCGAAGCAGCUUGAGUUCUUCCUCCAUGAAACCAAAAUAAGUAACCAAUAUAUCUGUAUUCCCAUCGGAAAGUUGAAUCGAGGGAAGCAUUGCAACAUACCUGAGAUUCAUCUGAUAAUCCCCACCCCUUCCCUCCCUGUACUUGUUUAACACUGAAAGGGCCAAACUUUGUGCAUAUAUUAUAUUUCAUUCAAUUGAUGACGAGAGGGUCAUUAUUAAAGAUAACUAAAUGAUACAGAUGCAGAUGAGACCUACAAAUAUAUUUAUUAUAUAUUUUUUGUACAAUUGUAUAGUCUAGCGGGAGUGAGUGUAUGAGGAAUGAGAGUAUGACAGCGUGUUCGAGACAUAUGGGAUAGAAGUUUAGAGUAAAUUAACUAACAUUGUAAAAAUCGUCGUGAUCGGCUAGCCGUAAGUAAAACAAAACAGUGAAAAUAAAAAUGGAAACAAUGCAUGUGAAAUAUUCAAAUGUGAA